GCAUGAAGCCUCCGUCUCAACAGCUGCAUGUGUAGUCAUUGUUGAAGUGAAGCAAAUGCCUACCUAAUUUGACAGUUUUGGUGUGUUUAAUCAUUUUGAGUUUGCAAGUGAGCAUAUUAAGUCUACUGAUGGAGCCUUCGGGCAGUGAACAGUUAUAUGAGGACCCUGAUCCUGGAGGCAGACCCCAAGAUGCAGAGGCCAGAAAGCAGACAGAAUCUGAACAAAAAUUGUCUAAAAUGACCCACAAUGCUUUGGAGAACAUUAAUGUGAUUGGCCAAGGCCUGAAGCAUCUCUUCCAGCACCAGCGCAGGAGGUCAUCAGUGUCUCCACAUGAUGUGCAGCAAAUUCAGGCAGAGCCAGAACCUGAAAUGGAUUUGGAGAGCCAGAACACAUGUGCUGAGAUUGACGGUGUCUCCACCCACCCCACAGCUCUGAAUCGAGUUCUGCAGCAGAUCAGAGUGCCACCCAAGAUGAAGAGAGGGACGAGCUUGCAUAGUAGGCGGGGCAAGCCAGAAGCCCCAAAGGGAAGUCCCCAAAUCAACAGGAGAUCUGGCCAGGAGAUGGCAGCUGUUAUGCAGUCAGGUCGGCCCAGGUCUUCAUCCACGACAGAUGCUCCUAGCAGCUCAGCUGUGAUAGAAAUAGCUUGUGCUGCUGCUGCUGCAUGUCUACCAGGAGAGGAGGCAACUGCAGAGCGGAUCGAGCGGUUGGAAGUAAGCAGCCUUGCCCACACUUCCAGUGCAGUGGCCUCUAGCACUGAUGGCAGCAUCCACACGGACUCUGUGGAUGGAACUCCAGACCCUCAGCGUACAAAGGCUGCCAUUGCUCACCUACAGCAGAAGAUCCUGAAGCUCACAGAACAGAUCAAGAUUGCCCAGACAGCUCGGGAUGACAACGUUGCCGAGUACUUGAAGCUUGCCAACAGUGCAGACAAGCAGCAGGCAGCCCGCAUCAAGCAGGUCUUUGAGAAGAAGAACCAGAAAUCCUCCCAAACCAUCCUCCAGCUACAAAAGAAGCUUGAGCACUAUCACCGGAAGCUCCGGGAGGUAGAGCAGAAUGGGAUCCCGCGGCAGCCAAAGGAUGUCUUCAGGGACAUGCACCAAGGUCUGAAGGAUGUGGGAGCAAAGGUGACUGGCUUCAGUGAGGGUGUGGUGGACAGUGUCAAGGGUGGACUCUCCAGUUUCUCCCAGGCCACCCAUUCAGCAGCAGGGGCUGUAGUCUCAAAGCCCAGAGAGAUCGCCUCAUUGAUUCGGAAUAAAUUUGGCAGUGCAGACAACAUCUCUAAUCUGAAGGACUCUUUAGAGGAAGGGCAAGUGGAGGAUGGGGGGAAGACUUUGGGGGUGAUUUCAAACUUUCAGUCAAGUCCAAAAUAUGGUAGUGAGGAAGAUUGUUCUAGUGCCACAUCAGGCUCAGUGGGAGCCAACAGCACGACUGGGGGCAUUGCUGUAGGAGCAUCCAGCUCCAAAACAAACACCCUGGACAUGCAGAGCUCAGGAUUUGAUGCACUACUACAUGAAAUCCAGGAAAUCCGGGAAACCCAGGCCAGACUAGAGGAAUCCUUUGAGACCCUCAAGGAACAUUAUCAGAGGGACUAUUCCUUAAUUAUGCAGACCUUACAGGAGGAGCGAUAUAGGUGUGAACGAUUAGAAGAACAACUUAAUGAUUUAACAGAACUCCACCAGAAUGAAAUCUUGAACUUGAAGCAAGAAUUGGCCAGCAUGGAAGAGAAGAUUGCAUAUCAGUCCUAUGAACGGGCCCGGGACAUCCAGGAGGCCCUGGAGGCAUGCCAGACCCGCAUCUCUAAGAUGGAACUACAGCAGCAGCAGCAGCAGGUGGUGCAGCUGGAAGGGCUAGAGAAUGCCACUGCCCGGAACCUUCUGGGCAAACUCAUCAACAUCCUUCUGGCCGUCAUGGCGGUCCUUUUGGUCUUUGUCUCCACGGUGGCCAACUGCGUGGUUCCCCUCAUGAAGACUCGCAACAGGACGUUCAGCACUUUAUUCCUCGUGGUUUUCAUUGCCUUUCUCUGGAAGCACUGGGAUGCCCUCUUUAGCUAUGUGGAACGUUUCUUUUCAUCCCCCAGAUGAUGCUGGCACAAGAAGGCAGCUGCAACCCUACCCUCUGGCGAGUGCAUGCAGCGAAGAAUUAGACAGCAACUUACCUACUCUGAAGUUUUCUACAACAACGAAAGAGUUGAGUGAAUCUGUUUACAUUUAGAAUAAUGUUUUUUUUUCUUCAAGAGACGCAAU